UGGCGUGUAAGCCUUAUCAACUAAUUCAAUCACUCCACACAAAUGCCUCGAGGAAGGAGGAACCGAAUUGUUGGGAUUUCUUUUUGAACCCGUUCUGUCGCCGUGAUACUAUUUGUAAUGGAGUUGGGCCACAUUGUAUAAGGUCUGAAAGGGUACCUUAGAAUUGGAAACUCGUGUGAUUCGUUCUUUUUUUCAGCCUUCCUCUGAACAAGUUGUGAGUUGUGUGAAGAUCAACCCUCUUUCACUGUUUUCCUGUUAAAGAACUCCUUCCCUCGUUUUUACAUAAGACCCGAGAACCUGAACCCCCCCCCCUUUCUGGUCUUCUCUUUCACUCACCGUCAUCCCCCUCUUCCCACAACGACUUGCUGCGUUGUUUCGUCGUAGGCCUUAGCAUUCCAAAUUAGAGUGCAGACCAACUAGGAUACAACAAGACAUACACCAUGUUCAAGCACACCCUUCUCUGCUUCCUCCUCCUCAUCACUUCCGUCUUCGCCCUCCCUUCUUUCGAAAAGCGUGAGCUACGCCGUGUUGCGCCCCAGCUUCGUGCGCGUAGUGACACGAAUGCCAAGAGGCUCGCGAGGGGUUUGCCUCUAUUACCUCCAACUUUACGGCGUGGGGCUUCGCGAACUGACUCUGCCAAGAGGGCUCAGAACAGCGACACUCGAGUUUGGAAGGGCAAGAUCAAGGUUUCCAGCGUGGUGGAUCAGAACACGAUUGGUUUCCUUCAGUUGUCGGGUGACAAGAGCCGAUACAUUGUGGGCAGUGCGUCGACGGCUGAUCAAUUCACGGCUACGUUCUUCAAGCAAGGUGUCACCUCCAGUGUUACCUUUACGGAUACUAAUGCCCCUGGCUCUCAUCCCUUUUUGGCGGGGCUUAUCUCCCCUGGUGUUGAGAUCCUCGCGUCGAAUAGCAAUGCAGCUAUCGUGGGCGAUGCACCAGUGCAAACUGUUCCCGGGAGCACUCCUCAGUCCGGUGGCAGCGUUUCUAUCCCUGGAUCGCAGUACGAGACAGCGAUUUGGGAUUACACACCCUCUCCUCCAACAGCGAUACCCAAGUGGGUGAAUCACGACGGAAGCCAACCACCAAUCUCCGCCGUGUGGGACCCUGUUGGACAGACGCUGUAUCUUACUGCCAAUCCAUCUGCAGUAAUCCUUAAUCAUCCUGGAUCCCAAACCGUGGAAUUUGCUCCAAUCGGUUGAUCAAUGUCAAUUAAUUAUAGCCGAAUCAUGGACUCUAAUGGCCUGCUGCUGCAUUAAUGUAGCAUGUUGGCCGGCGCAUUUAUUGCUGCGCCUGCCCUUCGUUUAUCAUAUAUAUGGUUUUAUUUAUCUUCUGCUUACACUUCACUUGGACUGCCUUCCAUGGCUUUUCGUUACGGCUACUUAAGGGUUCUGUAAGUCGAGAUGAUGCAUGGGUUCCCAUGCAUUCAUAUUGCUUUCUUUCACUUCCCACAAGAAACUUCACUUUAAUUGCAUCCUGGGACUUGGAGCUUACUAUCAUUGCGAGUUUUUCCCUUUUCCCUUUUUCCCUCAUCUCUUUACGUGUUAUGUCCGGAGUUCGAUCACGGCAACAUCCUUGCGUUUUUUUAGCGCAUCAGGAGCCUCGUUCCGGCGUUAUUGCCUCACCUUAUGCUGGGGCAAUAACCAUUUUUGGAUCUGCAUUCUUCUUAUCAUGGAGCAACAU